AUGGAUUCGCUUGAACUCGAUUCCGAUUCGUUUUAUAUUUGCACCGAAAUAUCACCAAGGAAUUAUGUUGUGCAAAAAGUAAGUGUUUUUCUUUUUUUCUCAUAAUUAUGACAUCAACUAAAAAACAAAAAAAAACACAAAAAAGGAAAAGGAUAUCGAUUUUGCCUCCACUUCUUCUUCUUCUCUCUGCAUUUUUUUUGUUUAUUCCAUGAGCGAAAAGAAGACGGCGAAUUUAUUUUUUUCUGUUGUUGUUUUUUGUUACCAGCCUAUAUACUACUAUAUUUUAUCUGAUUCCUUCAAUUUUAGCUUUUCCUCAAUUUUUUGAUCUAGAAAAAAUAGGUUAAAAAAUAAUUAUACCCUUGUGUAUUUGGUUCAAAAAUAUUGCUUCUAUAAAAAUCGGGUUACUGUAGUUUCGAAAAGCUGUUAAAAAAUUGAUUUUGCAUUCAAAAUGUUCAAUGAUGACAAGAAAAAAUUAGAUUACUGUAGGUGUUUAGAAAAACUAUUUCUCCUCCUCAUUUUCUUUUCCAACUUUUUUCUCAACUGCAACAUGCUGAUUCUCAUAAAAAAUAAUUUGGUUUGGUUCUUUCGAACCAAAAGUUUUGUCAAUAAAUAAUUUUUUCCAAACUUCGGCAAUUCAAAUCGAUAAAUCAAAAAUCAAAAUAAAAUUUCGUGAUUUGGAGAAAAAUUCAGAAUACUGUAAUUUUUAAAAAUUUCGGAAAAUUGAUUAUCUAACGACUUUUUGAUUCGGGUCUAUUCUCAGAUAAUUUUGAUACAUCGGUUAGAGCUUGUUUUACGAUUCACCCGAAAAAUUUCCUCUGAUUUUUUUUUGCAACAAAAUGUUGUAUCAGGUUACUGUGGAUGUUUUGAUAAACUGUAAUUAAUUCUUCUCCAAACUUUUUUCGACAUUGAAAUUCCAUGUUGUGUCAUAAAAAUUUGAAAAAAAAAUUGUGCUAAUUAAGAAAGUUUUUUUUCAAUUUUAGGCAAUUCAAAUCGAUAAAUCACAAAUUGAAAGAAUGGUUGGUGAUUUGGAGAAAAAUGCAGAAGCAAAUCGGGGAGCCGGAACACCAAUAUCUCAACCACCAGCUCCACCUUUACCAUAUUGGUUCAAUCGAGAAUGUAAAGAUAAAUUAAUGAAAGUCGAAGCACCUGCUCAAGGAACUUUUGCAAUGCCUUCAUCUAAUUUCAUUCUCACUCAAAAUACACCAAAUCCAAUUGAUGUCAGACAACAGCUGAAAAAUCAACUCGAAUAUUAUUUUUCGAGGUAUUUAUUCUCAUUUAUUUUUGAUUUGUUUUCAAUAAUUAAUUCUAAAAUUAGACAAAAAAAUUAAUUAAUUUUUUUCAGGGAAAAUCUGAUGACCGAUAGAUAUUUGCGAUGUCAAAUGGAUAGCGAACAAUAUGUUCCAAUUACAGUAAUCGCAGGAUUUCGAAAAAUUACCCAAUUAACUGAUGAUUACAAUUUGAUUUUGGAAGUUUUGAGAGAAUCGAAUUUGGUUGAAGUUGAUGAAUUGGGAGAAAAAGUUCGACCAAUUACAAAAAGAACAACUAUUAUUUUACGGGAAAUUGGACAGGAACAUAAAGAGGUUUGUAACAAAAAAUAAGAAAUAAUUAAUAUAUUGUUUAGGAAGUUGAAAAGAUGUUGAAUGGUGGUCCAAAAUAUUUAGAUUUGAAAUAUGGAUUAAAUGAUAGCUGGUAUGUAACAUAUGAUACAGAAGAACAUACUCACGCAGCAUAUGUUCAUUUACAAAAUAUCCAAAUAAUGUUUAAUAAUCGACCAAUUUGUGCAAGAAUAAAAGCAGGAGGUCCACCAGCAAAUAUUGAUCAACAAAUGCAACAACCAACAAUUCCUGAACCAUCUGAUUUUCCACCAAUGAUGGAUCUUGGACAAAUACUUGCUGCAUAUGGAUUUGUUCCUGUUGCAACUUAUCGACCAGGGAGUACUGUAGUUCAUGUUGAAGAAGAAACUGAAAGAACUCCGACUGUUUCAAGGCAGCCUUUUAGAUUUUCGAAUGGAGCCGCAAGAAAUAAUGGAACUAAAAAACAAAAUGGUGGACAUGGACAUCAUAAUAAUAAACAAAAUCAAAGAUAUUAUGAUGAAGGAGGAUCAACAUCUUCAGCAUCUUCGGGUAGAUAUAAUAACAAUAGUUAUAAUAAUCAUAACAAUUCAACAAAUAAUUCAUGGAGAAAAAAUGAUAGAAAUAAUUAUCGAAGAAAUAAUUAUCAUCAAAGACAACCACAAUCUCAACAAUAUUAUCAACAAUCAAAAGAAGAUGGUGAAGAAGGAGAAGAAGUUUAUGAAGGAGAAAAAGAAGAUGAAACUAAAUAUCCACCACUUAAUAAAUCGAGUCCAGUUCCAUUGAUGUCUCCAGAUCUUCCAGCUCCACCAGUUUGGCCAGCACCAAAUCAUUCGAGAAAUUCGAAUAGGAAAGAAUCAAUAAAUUCGGAAGAACAAGAAAGUGGUGGUGGAACAAUUACACCAACACCAAUUGAAACAGCGAGCAGUGAAAGUGGAACUAAUGAUAGUUAUCUUCCAACUCGAAAAGUUUGUGAUUUCUUUUUAUAAAUUGAAAGUAUAAUUAUCAGAAUAUAUUUUUUGCAGCAAUCAAUUCAAAGUGUUGCAAGUUCAUCUUAUUCAUACGAAGAACAAGCAUUUCCAUCAUUACCAAAACCAGCAAAAGAACCAGAGAAAAAAGUUGUGAAACCAACUUUCAGGUAGUUUUCUAUACAUAAAAUAUGUUGAUGUUGUAUUGUGGUUGAAAAAAGGUGUGUAUCUGAAAAAUGCUCUUGAAAAAUAAAUUAAAAUUUUUUUAUUAUUUCAGUUCGGUUGCUGCCGGAAGAAGGAAUAUCAAACAAAUUCCAGAAACCAAAAAAAGUUAUGCUGAAAAAUUAAAAGAACGUGAUGCAGCUCGCAGUUCUCCAUCUUCAUCUUCUUCUUCGUGA